AUGGCGCGCGUCCACCAGGUUGUGUUGGGCCUAGACAAUGUGCAUGCCUCAUGGCUUGACCUCGAUCACGUGUACCAAGAAGAGCCCCUUAUGACCUGGCACCGAGAACGUCAGUGGAUGUUAAAUGAAGUGGUGCUACAGCCUUUUGUUUUACAUCAGCUCUACUGCAUUUCUAUUCUUCCAGCACUGUCAUCAACCUUUGUGUCAGACAGCAGUCGAAUUGAAUUGUUGAAACGCUAUGGUGGGACGUACCUGGACCUGGAUAUGAUCACUCUUCGUCCUUUGCCAACUUUCAGCAAUUGGCUUGGGUGGCAUGCUUCAAUGCAGAUAAAUAAUGCUGCCAUGAACUUAGUGAAAGGCCAUCCAUCAUUGCAAAUGGUAGCUUCAUCUAUACCAAAAAUUUUUGAUCCCACAAGCUGUUGCAGAAUUGGACCAUAUCUCCUGUAUGAUGUCAUGCACAAGAUGUGUCCAGAUGACGUCACCAAUAGCCCAAACAUUACUGAAACAGAUGUGAAAUGUGGUAAUGUGACUAUUCUUGCACGACAUCGCCUCUAUCCCUUCUCUCCUUACAACGAGUUGGACUACAUUUUCCUAGAGAAGAAGGGAAAGGCACUGACCUUCUUCACGAGUCAAAAUGAUACAUAUUUCCUGCAUCUGUACAGCUCCCAUACCUCAAAGAGUAGAGUUCCUCUUGGGAAUAAAACCCUAUUGGGGGAGGCUGCUAUGAUGAACUGCCCAAGGGUGUAUAAUGCCAUUGUAAAGUAUGGGCUGGAACUGUGA